AUGUUAAGGCGAUCGAUUUAUUUUGGAUUAAGAUCUCGUCAAGUUUUUCGUCUUUUAGCAAACAAGAAUUAUUUAAAUAUUUUGCCUAACAUUCAAAGAAAUUAUGCUUCUGUUGGGGCUGCGAAAAAGUUUGAGUUUCAGGCUGAAAUUGAUAGUCUUUUGGAUAUUGUUGCGAAAUCUUUAUAUUCGGAUCAAGAGGUUUUCAUAAGAGAAUUAAUUGCUAAUGCUUCUGAUGCCUUGGAAAAGCGCAGAUAUCUUGAAAUGGGCGAUAAGGCCGGUCCUGUUCAAGAAAUUCCCUUCGAGAUACGGAUUGAUUGUGAUGUUAAAAAUCGAAAAUUAGUUUUUACGGAUACAGGUAUUGGAAUGAAUGAGGAGGAAUUAGUCGGAUUAUUGGGUACUAUAGCAAAGUCUGGUUCAAAAUCUUUCCGUUCUGAUGAGGAAAAAGCGGAAUCACUUAUAGUUCGUGUAACAACCCGAAAAGUGGAUGAACCAACAGGACAUGUUUGGACUUGGUCUGGUGGAAAACAAUUCGAAGUUGAGGAAGAUUCAACAACCCAAAUCGGAACAAAAAUCGAAUUGUGGUUAAAAGAUUCUGAAGCUGCUAAAUUUGUCCAAGCAGAAAAAGUUGCUGAUGUUAUUAACAAAUAUUCAUAUUUUAUAUCUGUUCCAAUAUUUUUAAAUGGAGAAAGAAUUAAUGUGAUGUCGGCCCUUUGGAUGAUGAAACCAGGCGAAACAACACAGGAAAUGCAUGAUACAUUAUUCAAGCAUCUAGUUACAACACACCAUCCUCAUUUAAAAGAUGAUCGUCCUCAAUAUACAUUUCAAUAUCAAACAGAUUUUCCAAUAAAUAUCCGAGCACUUUUUUAUGUUCCUUCAAAAAAAGUUUCUCAAUUUGAAUUUUCUGCUGAUUCUCAACAUGAAACAGGCAUUUCUCUGUAUAAUCAAAGAGUUCUUAUAAAACCAAAUGCUAAAGAAUUGUUGCCUCGUUUUUUGAGAUUUUUGAUUGGAGUAGUCGAUUCUGAGGUUUUUUUUUAA